GCUCUCCUAUUCGGAGGAGAAGGGCACCGGCUUCUUCCGCGCCUUUCAAGAGCGGAAGGCCAUGGCCCUCCUCGUGCAGGAGGGUCUGCUUGCAGAGCGCACCCUCCGCCGGGUCAGGGCGGCUCUCUUCCGCACGGUGUCUAUGAUCCUGGUAAAUGUGAAGGAGGAGUCGUUUCCGCACCUCCUCGAUCAGCUUAACCAGCUGGCAAUGGGGCAGCCCGAGAUCCCGGACAACUCGCACGAUGUGCUC